AUGUCCAUCGAUACCGGCGAUACGAGCACCGAAUCCAAUGACAAUAUGGUUUCCCAAAAUGCAGACACCGGCAUUGGCAAUGUUGCUUUAUACAACCUGGGUAGGAUUAGGAGAAGCCUGGAUGCCCUCGCUAGCAAACCCAAAUGGGACCCUAGCGACACCGCAGGCUUCGAUUGCAUGCACUAUUUUGGCGACGGUGCCUUGGAAAAGGCAUGCCAGAGGUUGGGCAUGCAGCCUGGACAAACAGUCAUCGAUAUUGGCUCCGGAUUCAGCGCCACCGGCCGCUAUUUCCACAAGACGUGCGGCGUUGAUGUCACGGGCGUCGAGCUACAGGCCGAAAUUCAUGAACUCGCAGAGAUCAUCACCAAACGGAAUGGACUGGCCGGAGGCGUACGCUCCGUGAAUGCCGACUUUACAAAACUCACGGUAGAUGCCCCCGUAGACUACAUUGUCUCGUUCUUAUGCAUACUACACAUUCCCGACAGGGAGGCGUUGUUCCAGAAAGUGGCCGGUAGCCUAAAGCCCGGUGGAAAAGUCUACAUUGAGGACUUCUUUGCCCGAACGAAACUUGAUCCCAACGCCAGCGACCAAUUACGCGACAUUGUGUCGUGCCCCUACCUGCCGAGCCGGGAGCAGUAUAUAUCCCAUCUGACCAAUGCAGGGCUCCAUGGCGUUCGAUUUGAGGAAACGUCGGAAGAUUGGGCCGAGUUUGUGCACGAACGAGCAGUGAGGAACAGACAUGAAGGGACAAGCGAGGCGCCACUUACGUUAUUCUACGAUACGGUUGAUGCAUUGUUUGCUAGCGGCCAGUUGGGCGGCGUACGUCUUACCGCUGUCAAGGGAUAA